AUGUCAAUGUAUGGGUCAUAUUAGCACCAUACAAAUUCUUAUUUUGAAGAUAAAAAUAUAGAACUCAUAUUUGAGUAUUUUAUUUAUGUUUUAUUUCUAUUUAGCGUGAUUUCUUGUUAGUUUAUAUUUGGAAUUUGGAAUAUAUUUCUUUGAAUUUGUGUUUUUUACUCGGUAUUAUUUUAUGUUUAUUCCAACCCAAAUGACUCUUUUUUACAGUAUUUUAUCUAUCCCCUCCCUCCUUUACGGACCUCCAUACUUCUUCCAUGGCGGCUUCAAGAAUGCUAUCCAGGUUAUCUUCUCGGCUGCGACCUGCCCCUCUCAAGAUUAACAAGUCAGUCUCUCCGUCGCCAGAGACAUCCUUCUUCAAUGCUGCGCCUAAAUCUACCGUCAAACGAUUUUCCCUAAUCUCCAGGUUACCCGUAGAGUUAAGCGGAGUGGAGACAAUGAUGCCAUUACACAGCGCCUUAGCUUCUGCCCGAUUGAACUCCAACUUGUCCAUUGAGUCACAGAGCUGGUGUUUAGCUCCUCAAGGGAAGUCGAUGCCUUUAUGAUGUCAUCUUUUGAGACAAGUCCUCCUUAGCCAAGCGUGAUUUUCUAAAUAUAUAUAAGGGAAGCAGGAAAUGGACUCUUUGAUAUCUGAAUUAUGCCUUAAGAUGUUUCUUUCGUGAACAAAAUAAUUUCUUUUCCCGCAUAAUGGCUAGUGAUUAAUUUUCUUCAUUCUCCUGUCCAAGAGCUUGUAAUACUUGGGUGAACUCUGAUGUGUAGUUCCGCUAAAUAUGAACUGAUUAUUUACUGUUUUGAGAUCAUGCGUUGAAUUGAAUGUCAUCACGUUUGGAUGUAAUUUGA